UUGUUUUUUGUUGUUGUUUUUUACUGAUGGUGGAAACUCACCAGUGACGUAAAGAAACCACACGGAAGGCAGAGCUGUUUUAAAUCUACGUCUGUGCGUUGACGUUGGUUUUGUACACAGAGGCUACCGGUUCGACUGGGAAACAAGUGCGACAGACGGAAAAUAGUGUGUAUCAUCUGUUUUGCAUCCUAUCUGUCUCACAGUGUCACGUGGGAAAAAAGUCUAUCUUCCUGUCUUCGGCUCAGGCAUGGCUGACCUGCUGAGGCUGCUGCUCCGGGUAGCUGAAAAAGCUGCUAAUGUAGCUCGAGUCUGCAGACAAGAAGCGCCGCUCUUUCAGCUCCUUGUACAAGAGAAAACUGGAGAUGAUAAGAACAAGAAGUUUGUCCAGGACUUUAAAACGCUUGCCGAUGUUGUUAUCCAGGAAAUGAUCCAUCAUGAUGUUGGCGCUCAGUUUCCUGAAAUGGUUGGCUUCAUUCACGGAGAGGAAUCCAACAAGUUUGAAAAUGGACUUGGAGAGAGUGUGACGGUCACAGUUUGCAGUACAGAGGGUGAGACUGCAACUUUGUUGGCCACGGUUCUGGACGGUGACUCCACAGCGGCGUCUCUCCUGGCUGGAGCCAUCCACCAAGACCCAGAGACGAUUAACACCGACACACAUGGUCUGAGUGUGCCCCUCUGCCCCGCUGACCUCAGCAUCUGGAUCGACCCCAUAGAUGCCACCAGUCAGUACAUAGAGGGGAAGGAGGAGGUGCUGGAGGAGGGACGCCUGUCUCCUUCAGGUCUGCACUGUGCUCUGGUUCUGAUUGGUGUUUACCUCCGAAGCACUGGUGAACCUGUUAUGGGUGUCAUCAAUCAACCGUUCAACCACAAGGAUCCAGCAAGUGGUGGGUGGAAAGGGAAGCAUUUCUGGGCUGUGUCAUGUGGAGACAUCAGAAUAUGCUCAUUGUCUCGGCCCAAAGACAUGCCCAAUCACAGUGACCGGACACGAGCGCUGUCUGUUGUGCUGAGUUCCAGUGAGAAGCAGGCGGUGAAGGAAGCCCUGGCCUCACUGUGUGGCCCUGAGAAUCUCAUGUACGCCUCCGGAGCUGGUUACAAAAUCCUGUGUGUCAUACAGGGCCUGUCUGACGUCUAUGUCCUCUCAGAGGGCAGCACCUUUAAGUGGGAUUCCUGUGCCCCUCACGCCCUGCUGCGAGCUCUGGGUGGAGGUGUGGUGGACCUCACUAAGUGUCUACACUCCAGUUGUAUAUCACAGGAUCAGCAGGCUGAACUCACCUAUCAUCAGCCGAACGCUGAGUGUAAAGGAGCCGAGCGCUGGGCUAACCAAGGUGGCCUGGUGGCCUAUCAGGACUGUACUCAGCUCCAAAGUGUCAUCAGGGCUCUGAAAGGCAAGAUGUGAGCAUACAGCACCAGCUGUUAUCUAUUAUUGUUCCAUAUAUGAUAAUCUUGUUUUCUAUAUUAUUGGAAAGACAGUUGAGGGACAGUGAAAUAUUCCAGUUCUAAAUGAAGCUAUUUUUAACAGCAAACAGUAUAUGCACAG